AAAGAUCAAAUACUACGCAAUUUGAGUUCAACAGUGUAGGUGCAUCACAAGUAACGUUCCAAGUUUUCAAAAACUUCAACUGUUUUGGUUCAAAAUGAUCGAAACAAAUACAACCAUUCCCGAAGAUGCCGUCGGCCGGAAACCUUUAAACUACAGUUCUAGAGGUGGACACUUAAUUUCUCAUCCCGCAGCAGGCGAGGAAGUCGUAAUAACAGGCGUAUCUGGUUCGUUCGCAAAUUCACGUAAUAUAAACGAGUUUAAGGACAACUUAUUCAACAAAGUUAACAUGCUGUCUCCGAACCAAAGGUGGCGCUUCGAACAUCCCGAAAUACCCCCUAUUUCUGGAACUGUACCUGACAUCGAUAAGUGCGACACUGGAUUUUUUGGUUUGCACGAACGUCAGUCCCAUUCCCUGAAUCCCCUGGCGCGACUGCUUCUCGAAAAAACGGUAGAGGCCAUUUUGGACGCAGGUCUGAAUCCAACAGACCUGGAGAACACCAAAACUGGCGUGUUCGUCGCCGUCAGUGCUAGCGAGAACAGCACGCCAUGGUUCUUCGGGAACUUAAGAAGUAACUCUUAUGCUAUCACAGGGUCUGAGAGGUCCAUGAUAGCCCAUAGACUCAGCUACUUUUUUAAACUGAAGGGACCUUCAUACACAAUAGAUUCCGCUUGCAGUAGCUCGUUGUAUGUGUUGGAGCACGCCUACAGAGCUAUUAGAUUGGGUGAAAUAGACAAUGCGAUUGUGUGUGGCACCCACCUGUGUCUGCAUCCUGUGAUGACCAUGCAAACUGCAAGGCUUGGAGUUUUAAGCCAGAAAGGUUGUCUCAGAUGCUUCGACGCUGAUGCCGAUGGUUUCGUUAGGUCGGAGGCUAUAGUUUCAACAAUCUUACAGAAAUCGAAGUGUGCUAAAAGAGCGUACGCACAGUUGGUGCAUGCCAAGUCCAACUGUGACGGAUACAAGGUGGAAAGCAUUACUUUUUCAUCCGGACUGUCGCAUAUGGACAUGCUAAAAGAGUGUUACGAAGAAUGCGGUGUAGAUCGGCACAGUUUAAGCUACGUGGAAGCACAUGAGACAGGUACUUUGGUUGGUGGUACCCAGGAAUGUUAUGCUAUAGACGAAGUACUCGCGAAGCAACGGAAACGUCCUCUCUUGGUUGGUUCUGUUAAAUCAAACGCUGGACAUGCAGAGGGCGCUGCUGGACUGUGUUCUCUCGUCAAAUGCAUCAUUGCAAUGGAAACUGGACUAAUCCCCGCAAAUAUUAACUUCACCUCACCCAGGAAAGAUUUGACAGGAAUAGUUGAAGGAAGAAUGAAGGUUGUUGCCGAAGAUACACCACUUGAAGACGACAGCGCAUUGAUGGGUAUCAGCGCUUUUGGGUUUGGUGGGGCCAACUGUCACGUUCUUAUACGUCGAAAUGCAAACAAAAAAAUCGAUAAGGGACCGCCAGAAGAUGACGCUCUCGCAAGGUUAGUUUGCUUAAGCGGAAGGACUGCAGAAGCGGUAACUACCAUUCUUGACGAAAUAUCCAGCCACGAGAUCGAUGUUGAGUACAUAAGGUUAUUACACGAUGGUUUCAGAAAGAAUAUAAAUAACCAUUUAUAUAGAGGGUACACAAUAGUAUCAAAAUCAGGAGAGAUGAAUAGAUCUGUAAAGUUCUACCCAGGAGAUUUAAAACCGCUGUAUUUCGUAUUUGGUGAGUUACACAACUGGUACGAAGUGGGCAGCCAAUUAAUGACUUUGCCUAUUUUCUCUGAGUCCAUAAAACGGAUACAACAGCAAUUAUCGAACAAUGGUACUGAUAUUUUUGAAACGCUACUCAAAAAAGUUCCAAAAAAGUACAUAGACCCAGUAAUAGGUAAUAUCGUAGUACAAAUCGGUAUAAUAGAUGUCCUGAAGCUGUUAGACAUGAAACCAAAAGAUAGCAUUGGCUUUAAAUUUGGAAUACUGCUCUCUGCUUACUACAAAGAGAUACUAACUUUGGAUGAAACUAUUAAUUUAGCUGUCAAUAACGGUAAGGGUACUGUUAAUGGCAGAACCUACAAUAAAUUGAAUGUCGAUCAAGACUAUAAUGGAAGUGAAGCUGAAAAAUCUUUAAAGAUCAUAGACUUUCCAGUUUUAACAGAAGAUCUAGCAUCCACUGAUUUUGAAAAAGAAGAAUACCUCGACAAAUUUGAUCUGGAUUCAGUAGUAAUAGCAAUCGGAAAAGUGCCAGUUGAUCCCUUCGAAGAUUUUGACACAGUCUCAAUGUUUGGAAAUCAAACAAAUCAUCUCGUCGAGCUUCUAGAAUGUCUAGGAAGGCUAUACGAGCUCGGAUAUAAUCCUCAGAUCAGCAGACUAUAUCCGUCUGUCGAUUUCCCGGUCAGUAGAGGUACCAGGAUGGUUUCCCCAUACGUCAAAUGGAACCACAAGAGAGAUAGAGACGUGUCGCAGUUCGAUCCGAAAAAUAAUGGUGCGAACAAUUACAGGAUUCAAGUCGCAGAUCAACAGUGGGCGUACGUCACAGGGCAUGUCAUAAAUGGUAAAAACCUGUUUCCUGCAUCAGGAUACCUGUACAUAGUGUGGGAAACUUUUUCGUUCCUCAAAGGAAUGUCCAUGAACACUAUGGACAUAGUAUUCGAGAAUUGCAAAUUCGUCAGAGCUACAACGGUAUCUGAAGAGCGCGACCUAGUAUUGCAAGUAGCAAUCCAUGCUGGUAGCGGCAAUUUCGAGGUUGUGGAGGGAGAUUUGACAGUUGCUACGGGACGUAUCUCUAUACUGGAAGAUCGGGGGGAAGAUCCUUCAGCUAUAGAAUGCAGAAAAACAACGGAUUCGGAAGAUUUUCACGUUCUUCUGGACGAAAAAGAUGUUUAUAAGGAGCUGCGAUUAAGGGGAUAUAACUACAUGGGAGAAUUCCGAGGGAUCGAAACUUGCAAUUCGGAGGUAACAGAAUGUCACAUCAAAUGGGGACACAACUGGGUUACUUUCCUGGACAACAUGAUUCAAAUAAAGAUUCUGCAGUUGGACACGAAAUCGUUAUAUAUACCCGUGCAUGUCUCUAAGCUAGUCAUACAAGCCAAACGGCAUCUUGGUAUGAUCGAUUCCGACUCUGCAGCUUCAGAUAGAGUAAACACUCUUCCGGCCUUCAAUGACACAGUAACUGGAACCAUGAGAUGUGGAGGUGUAAGCCUUACGGGCUUGAUAUUGGAAUCUAUAUCAAAGAGAAAAGAUAUUUCAGUGCCGGUGCUAGAAAAAUAUACGUUCGUUCCAAAUACAGCAGAAUUAGACAUCCAAAAGUCUGUAAGGGUGAACAUCCAAAUAAUCUUCGAAAACACGCUGAUAUCCAAGUAUAAGGUCAUUGAACUCAUAGACGAAUUUACUCCCAAAAUCUCUGUGCCUUUAACACCCAUCAUUAAGCUGGUGUCGGAGGACCAACCACUGAUACAACAGACCUUUAAGGAAUAUACAAACUAUCCACUUGGUGCUGAUGGGGACAUAGGAAACAAGAAGCUAAAAACUGAGACGGAUUGUCUACUCGUUAUCGUGUCAACAAUUUCAGAGAGGAUGGACAUUCUAGAGCAAUCACUUGCUGCUCUGAAACCAAAUGGUUUCAUCAUAUCUCGUGAACCUUUGGACUACGACUAUUCCCACUUUAACCAUCCUAGCCUUGUCGUUGUAACAGUACACAGAACAUUGACGGAGACACUGGUACUUCUCCAAAAGCAGGGAAAAGUCAAAAACACAAAUUACGUGAAAAUAAACUCCAACGACUUCUCUUGGAUACCCCUGGUGCAAGUCGCCUUGAGGAACAACGAUGACUUAAUACUACAUGCAGAAAAGGAACACAAUAAUGGUAUGCUAGGCCUCGUCAAUUGCCUAAGGAGGGAACCAGAGUGCAGUCAUCUUAGAUGCCUGUACUUGAUGGACGAAGACAAAGAAUUCCAAUCAACGCACCCCUUUAUAGCUGAACAGCUUAAGAAAAAUAUGGCCGUUAAUGUAUACAAAAAUGGACAGUGGGGGACUUACAGGUUUCUUCCACUGAAUCAACAGGACACUAUAGAACGAGAGCACUGCUUUGUAGAUGCAAUUUCACUGGGGGGUUUAUAUCAAGUUAAGUGGACGGAAGGAUUUCUUCAGCAUGACACGAAGAUUCCCUCAGGAAGAAUGCUAGUUCAUGUGUACUAUGCUGCUACAAUUUUCAAGGAAGGCAUGAUAGUCUCUGUAAAAAGACGCAUUGUUGCCAACGGUCAAAAAAGGUUGGACCAGGAAAGUGCCAAGGGGUUCGAGUUUUCUGGAAGAGAUGUUCGAGGACAAAGGGUUAUGGGUGUAGUUGCUUCUGAAGCACCGUCAAGUCUAGUGUUAGCCGACCCCUACCUGACCUUUAAAAUACCGGAUUCUUGGAAUAUGGAAGAAGCAGCCACUGUACCUACCGCGUAUGUAACACUUCUAUACGCUUUAUUGAUGCGUGGGCAAAUGAAGAAAGGGGAAACUAUAUUAGUCCAUUCAGGAUUUGGAGUAUUUGGACAAGCAGCUAUACGUCUUUGCUUAUAUUACAAUUGCACCAUAUACACGACUGUCAAUACGAAAGCCGAAAGAAAAUUUCUAAUAAGCACUUUUCCUCAACUAAAAGAUAACCACAUUGGUUACUCACUCGACGAAUCCUUUGAGCAGAUGAUUCAUAAAGAAACAAACGGCAAAGGCAUUGACAUUGUACUUAGUCCUUUCUCAAAAAUUACCAUCGAAGCUUCACUAAGGUGCCUGGGUAAGGGUGGUAGAUUUAUAGAAGUGGACACAAGCAACAUUUCCAGCAGCAAUCACGUCAAUCUGCUUCCUUUCCAAAAAGAAACUAGUUACCACAAAGUCACGGUAGAUCAGUUCAUGAAAGAAGGUGAUACGGUAAAAACGGAAGUAGCUGGCUUAUUCAUCAAAGCGUUACAAGAUGGAGCUGUUAAACCGUUGAGCAGAAUCGUCUUCAAGUACAACGAGGUAGAAGCUUUUAGGUCCAUGACUUUGAGCCAUUCCGGGAAAGUUCUGAUCAAGAUACGAGAGCCUGAAGAAGAAAUCGUCGUUGUGCCCACUGUGCAAAAGUUUCCUGUCGUGUCGAGAUACCUCUGUGACCCUGAAAAAACGUACGUUAUCCUAGGAGGCUUAGGGGGAUUCGGUUUGGAACUGGCUAAUUGGUUGGUACUUAGAGGAGCACAAAAAUUGGUACUGAAUUCGAGAAAAAGCAUAAGUAACGGCUACCAAGACAGGCGAAUUAAGGUGUGGCGCUCCUACGGGGCAGAAGUGGAAAUAUCAACGGCGCCCGCAACAACAAGAAUUGGCUGCAGAAAACUUUUAGAAGAGUCUUUACAGCUAGGCAGGAUAGGAGCUAUAUUCAAUUUGGCUGUAGUCCUCCAGGACAGUCUUUUUGAAAACCAGACGCAGGAAAAAUUUUCGACGUCUUUUGCACCAAAGGCUAUAGCUACAGCAUUCUUGGAUGAGUUGUCUAGGAAAAUGUGUCCCGAUCUAAGUGAGUUUGUUGUGUUCUCUUCUGUGUCUUGCGGAAGGGGUAACGUGGGGCAAACUAACUACGGAAUGGCCAAUUCUGUGAUGGAGAGGAUUUGCGAAAAAAGAAGACAGGAUGGAUAUCCUGCGCUGGCUAUUGAAUGGGGUGCAAUUGGGGAGGUAGGUUUAGUUGCGGAAGCGAUGGAGCUUGAGGAAGUAGGUGGAACAUUACAGCAAAACAUUUCAAGCUGCCUCCAAGCCAUAGACACUUUACUAAGUCAGAAAGAAACUACAAUAGUGACUAGCUUCGUACCAGCAGAGAAACUUGAAGUGAAUACAACUCGUAACAUUUCUGAUAUAGUGACCAAAACCCUAGGUCAGAACCAUAUCAAAUCCAUGAACAUUAACUCCACUUUAACUGAAUUGGGAAUUGACUCUAUGACGGCAGCUGAGAUAAGGCAAGAUUUGGAGAAAGAAUUCGAUAUUCGUCUUACAGUAAAAGAAAUUGGAACCAUGACUAUAUCCAAGUUGAACGAAUUUCAAGAAGGAAAACGUCACACUUCUCAUGGACCAUAGAAGAUGCACCGACAGAAAAGUUUCUGUGUUGUCAAUAUUUUUUUUACAGUAAACAGAUGCUGGUAUUGGACAUAAUCUAAUAAAUAUAGUUUUUUUCAGAAACGAAUAAUAUGUUCUUACAUGUUAAACAAAUACAUGUAUUUGAUGGAGUGAAUAUAUUUCUUGUUUCUCGAACUUGCCAUGGGUUUCUAAUAACAGUAUAGAAUAACCUCUAAGCUUCUAAAAAUAUGAUAGAAACAAUUAAGCAAACAAAUGUAUGUGCAAAGCACACUAGGACGAAUUUCGCUGUAAUAUAAAAAUAAUUAACAAGCAAGAUUUACCUGAAGACAAGUAAUGCCAAUUAACUUGAUAAACGGGAUUACAAACUACCAAAGCAUACUCCAAUUUGGAUCUGACAAAACUGCUAAAUACUUUAGAAUCUUGCUGGCAAAAGAAACAGUCAUUUCUGUAUGUAGUAAAGUUCUGAAAAGUAAUUUUAGAGUCAAAAAUAGGCACCAAGGCAUUUUAUAAAUUCAGAUCUAUCAAAGCACUACGAUCAAUAUGAUAAUUAUACAUGAUCUGUUAAGAAUUCCCUGUGCAAAUUAUUUUCUAGGCACCAUAAGUUUAUCUGGUUCAAAAGCUUUUGAAGGUUCCUCGAAAUCUUAACGUUUCUUAUCUCCACAAAUAUGUGUUUUAAUAUCAUCUGCAUACGUUAAGAAUUUGAUCUUGCAGGAACUUACAACGUCAUUAAUAGAUAUUAUGAAGAGAAGUGGCCCUAAAAUGGAACCUUGCUGUACACUUAAUAGCUGUUAAGUUAUUUGACUAUCAGAGGUCCCAAAGUUUUUUGUUUCGUAGAUCACGUGCCACUUUCAUCUGUUUUGGAUAGACCCCCGCCUUUAUAAUAUUGAAUUGUUACAAAUUCAUCAACUUCAAUUGUGCUUUUGACAGCUGCCAGUGCAAGUUGCAAGACCACAAAGCGAAUAGCCCACUAUACAAUUUUUUGAAAUAAUAUAAUUACUUUACUGCGAAAUUUAUAAUAAAUCUUAAACUGUUUGAUACACAAGGAGAUAAUAACUUAAAUUUCAAUAACCAAAGUACCUACAACAAUAAAUUUAUAAGUAAAAUGAAAAAGGUCGAUUGUACUUAAGAGAAUAUUCUAGCAAUUAGUAUUAAUUAAACUUCAAAGCAAUUCACUUUGGGAAUCAUUGGUCUAGAUCAUAACUAAGAUUCAAAAAGAAGUAGCAAGUUCUUUGAUAGAUCAAAGCAUUUAAUUUUUUUAACAAUUUUAUGGCCUUGUUUAUCAAAAGCAUUCGAUAAGUCUACCUGUCCUUGUUGAUCCAGUUUUUCGCUAAAAAAUUGAAAUGAAAAACUUAAUAUAUACGUGCUCUAACUUUACAUUAAGUGUUCGUUGCCACAAUUUAUUAUACAAGCAACGGUAAUAUCGCCUUAUAAACAUCUCGAAUACAUAAAAUAGACAUUUUAUAAUUUCUUACAAGCAGACAAAGUCUAAAUACGAUAUUUCUAUACGUGCAAGAGGCCUACAUUUUUGUUACUGACAGAUAACAUAAUAAGACACACAAAUGAUCACCUUAUAACUAAAACAACCAAACACAGUUUUGUACAUGUUUAUUUACAGAUAUAUAAAAAUAAAAAUGUUGACACUUCAAAAAUACGUAUAACGUAAUAUUGUCGUUUAUGAAUGACGAUGUUCUAGUUGCUAUAUUAUAAAGUAUAUAGCGCCACAGAAAAGAAGUUGACUUGGCUAUAGUCCAGACCAGUGUAGCCACAGUAUUUUGAUUCAUUGAAACUGAAUUUGAAUUCAAAAUGUCCGGAUUGGCACUAUGUUUUGAACCUAACUUGAACAAACUCCUCUAGAAAGCGAUUACUACAGAAAUCUAUGAGACAUACUGGACGGAUCCCCUCUUUUUUGUGACGCAAUGUUCUAGAUUAGGGCAAGUACCUGUUUGGACUGUUUUCUGUCCGUCUCGUAUAAAUACGUUAUAGGUAGGUACUCAUUUUUGUCCCCUGAUGUCUAUAUUUAAAGAACUGUAGUGUAUAAGAAUGAUACUACCCGUUAUAAUAACAAUAAUGACAAUAAUAAAGAAAAAUGAAUACACACAUUCCCUUGUUAAAAAUAAAAUCUAGCAAAUUUAGCGUAGAUCCAAAAAAAUCCAUUUCGUACACCUAACCUCAUUUAUUACGAAGUUGCUAGCUAAACAAUUUAGCGUUUACCUUCAUCAUCAAAUACAAAUUAACUCCACGUUAGAGGUCUUUUAAUAUCUCAUAAGCCGGGAAAUGCGCGAAAGGCGUGGCGUAUCCCCAUAAUUUUCUA